AUGCUACCUCUGAAAAACCUAUUCGAACCCACUCGCACCUCACGUUUGCAAAUUCACUGUCUCAGUUUCUCUCACCGUCUCAAUGAUUUACGGCAAACCAAAACUUCACGUCCGUUUCGCAUGCAACGAAACCGUGAAAUAAAACGUCGCGAGUUUGAAUGCAAAGUUUCACUAAUUCAUUGGAAGCUUAACGAUGUUUGCGAUGCAGAUUUACAUCUCUUUACACUUUUAUUUCGUGAUUGUAUGGGAGAACAAAUGAAACAGGUAAAGGAGAAUACGGAACAACUCCCAAAUAUACUGCUCGGUCAAAAAUGGAUAUUCCUCAGUUGCAUCCAUGUUAACGAAAGUCAUAAAGCCUGUGAUUGCGAGGCUGUGUGGGAGUCCGUCUGGCCGAGUGGUCUAAGGCGUUGCGUUCAGGUCGCAAUCUACUCCGGUAGGCGCAGGUUCGAAUCCUGCGGCGGACAUCUGUUGUUGCGACACUUCGGAGUGGCAAUUUCAAUCCUUUUAGAGUACACCUUGUUGAAAAAAAUUCCCAGAUCUUCUGCUUCAUCUUUGCUCUUUUCAACUUCAUAUUUAGGUUAUGAUUAUGUUGUAAUAUUACAUAUAUCGUGA